AUCAGCUUUCUUGCCAGAUUCCCCCCACGGCCACGUGUACACGAUCGUGCGAAUGCAUUUUCGGUUUUUGUCUGAAUCGUCGGAGAGAUCGUAGGAAGUGCUUUGGAGUUGAGCCCUGAGUCAAGCCAAGCGCGAUGGAUGAGCAAGAGAGGCCCGAUGCUCAGGAGGCAUCGCCACAUCUCAACUCAUGCGGACAGACGUCACCGUACCCAAGUCGAAAUGACAUAUUCGGCCUGCCUGUGACUCUGUCUCCCGGGACGGACUUGGACGCGGCUAUGGAGAGCUUCAAUACUGCUGCCGAGUACUACGUCAACUAUUCUUCAGCGCCGGUUGAAGCACUCGCCAAGGCACUCGAGGCCGAUCCCAACUUUUUCAUGGCACAUCUUGUUCAGGCGGCAUUCUUUGGUCGGAGCAACCUUGAUCGCCGUGACUUGUCAGCUCCCUCAGACUCGAGUGCUGUCACCGAGCGAGCGGCGGACAAGAAUCUGAACGAACGGGAGCGCAUGUACUGCCAUGGGUAUGAAGCCUGGGAGAGCGGGGACUUUGAUGUAGCAAUGCGCCGCUUCGAGGAUCUCGCACGAUCCUAUCCCACAGAUGUGAUUGUGCUGCGUCUACUGCAUGCCAUGUAUCUGAUGCUGGGUCAGCCACGGCGCAUGCGCGACUCACUGAUGGGCAUUGCGCACGCCUGGCACGAGUCAAUGCCGUUCUACCCUAUCUUCCUGGCAAUGUACUCGUUUGCCCUGGAAGAGUGUCAUGAAUACGAAUUUGCACGUGAGAAGGCAUCGCGAGCGCUACGCAUGCGACCCGAUGCUGUCUGGGCCAUGCAUUCGCUGGCACAUUGCCACGAGGAGCGCUCGCCUGCUCACAAUGCCAUCGCGUUUCUUGAGGGCGUUCAGGACAAGUGGCAAACCAGCAUCCUCUCAGGACAUCUCUUCUGGCAUCUUUCGCUGUACUAUGUCGAUGUGAACAAUAUGGACCGAGCCCUUGAGAUAUUUGACACGCAACUGGAGGAGCGCCUGUCCUCUGGUGUUAUCUAUUCCCUGGUCGAUGCAGCGUCGCUUUUAUGGCGAAUGGAGUGCUGUGGGGUGGAUGUAGGCAGUAAGAGGUGGCAGAAGAUGAUUGAGAUGUUUCAGGAACACAUCGGCAAGCACCAGAUGGCAUGGUUUGAUAUUCAUCUGAUGUAUGCCCUAACUCACAACGCCGAUCCUGAACAAGCUUCCAAGCUGCUUCUGGGCAAGAAACUGCUUGAGUCAAUGGACACGUACAUGUCCUGCCAUACUGGUCAUAAUACCGAUGUCAUGAAGCAAUUUGGCUACAGGACGUGUCAGGGCUUGCUGUCGUUUGCGUCUGGAAAAUACGAAGAGGCGUGUGAGAGCCUACUCGCCGUUCAACCCUACUCGUUGGGCUGUGGCUGGAGUACGGCGCAGCGCCAGGUAUUCUUGAUGCAGCUGUAUCACGUUGCCAAGCAGGCUGACGAUGCCAAGGUGGCGAAUAGUGCCCUAUCCACACUCCGGGAGAUGAAGCCCUAUAGUCUGCUGGUGCAGCGGCUGAAAUUGAUUUAGUGAGCGGGACACCGAGCGCAUCGCAGCAAGCGUACGCUUGGAAACCGCCUUGCCCCGACUCCUUUGUGUAGCUUGUUACGUACAGUAUCAACCAUACUGAGUUACAGCUUAGCUCCGGUUCUUAGUGAUUUGAUAUAACAGAUUUAAACCAUAUACUAGCAGUGCCAGCCGGGCCUCGUAAAUAGUAUUCUCAGUUCACUUCCUGUUUUUACCGCUAGCGCUCCGUAUUGCUCUGACUUGCACCCUGCUGUUAUGCGAGCGUGCUCGAGCAGUGCUCGGAGCAAUCUGUUCGCAAAGAAUGGAGCCUUCUUUGCUCGCUGUACACGGCGGUGGUGCAUUUCUUCUGUGAUAGUCUAGUUUAGGAUUCAGCACGAAUGGUUACUUUGCGUCACGGGCACUCACAUGUGUCACAAUCGAAUGGAAGAGAGCAGUUGUCAGUUGACUUGCCAAUCCUUUCUCUGAACAUUACAGUACUGUAGCGUCCAAGUUCUUUGUAACUAUCUCUCUUGCUCAUUUAAGUACUUUACAUUUAAUGAUGUAUUUUGAGUUAGGCUUUGUCAUAAAUUUUGCUCCCGCUUCUUUUAAGCUGUUUUAAGUAGCAGUAACAUAAUUUUGGGCUAGAUUGCUAGUCUACUGCAUCAGGAUCUUUUAUCAACGAGCGUUGCAUGCA